AUGAUAGGCUUCAUCUACGAGGAUUUGAGUGGCCUCACUACAGAAGGCUGCACAAAGGCACUACAAAACUACAAAAAGGUACUACGCGAGGCGGGCUUGAACAAGCAAUGGGAUACGAUCCCGGAGGAAAUCGAGAUGGACUAUGAGUCACAAAUGGAGAGACGUAUUGGAAGCGAGCCACUGAUCCCAACUCGAGGCACCAGCCUCUAUCAGUUUGUACGGCGUCAAAAGGAUCAAGUGUCUUCUAGGCUGCUCGAACCUUCGACGUUACAAAGACUCCCCGAUGAGAUCCUCUUGAUGAUCGUCUCCUGUAUGUCGGACCCAGACGACAAACUAUCCCUCUUCACUUUCUUCGCCCUCCGUCAGAUGGCUGCAAAGACAAAUACCUAUCGCCAAUCUGUCCACCGGGUGGUCGCCAUUGCUUCGACUAUAAGUCCUUUGGUGACGUGCAGAAUGAGAUCAUGGACGGGAAUGUGUCUACCGAGGGAAGAUGGGGAGCUGGAGGAUUUUGUACCAUGUAACUACAACUUCGACUAUACCAGGGUAUUUGCCACCAAUUAUGGCGGCUGUGGGAUUAUGCUGCAUAUUCUGCGGCAAGGGCAUUCGGGUAGCGAUCGAUCUAUCCUCCACCAAAGUGGUUAUCUACAUCGACACAAGCUCAACGACUCACUCCGAAAGAUUAGGCAGAAUGGAGGACAGCUUUUCCUACCACAACGCGGCCCCAAUACGCUCCCCGUAUGGAACGCAAUCUCCGAAAUCGACCGCUCAGAAGUAGUGUCAACAGAAGAAGACCUUAUCAAGCUCCGUGGUGGUUGGGGCUACAUGAAUCGCCAACGUCGACACAACUUGACUUUUUUAGGUCCCGAAAGGAUAGCGUGUGGUCACUGUAGGAAGAUACGCUUCGCGGAUCGGGGCUUGAGCUGUGCGCCUCAUGACUGCUUUCAUGCCAUUGACAGGAAGUCAUACGUCUACAAUGGAUCUGCUGGCGUGCCUGAAGCUUGUAAUAACGACGUCUGUCGCAAUCACUAUGUGGGUCAAGAAGAUCAGGUUUAUCAGUGGAUACAAAGCGUCAAUCGGCUCUGCGAAAUUGGCGACGAUCGUUUUGGGAACAAGGCGUGUACGUUGGCAGUCGAAGAGAAGCAGCCUUAUGAGGAUGAUAGACGAACGUUUGAGUCAUGGGAGGAUCAUGAUAUUGAGGAUCUGGAAGAAGCUCUAGCACCAAGAGAACAACCUCGACGAAAUUUCGAGUCAAAAGAGGGUCACAGAACUGAGGAGUCGGAAGAAGCUCUCAAGGGGGCUGAUGCUUAUAUCACGCACCUUACUUCUUCCGAAGAACCUGUCGCCCCAAGCGAACCCCCACUUCAACUUGCAUAG